AUGACUCCUCCUAGUGAAUCUUUCUCAUAUGAAGAGGAGCACCACCGUGAACACAGAUGCAAAAGCCCAACUCACAGAGGGCUGGGAAACGAUGCUAUGAGCAAAGUUUUGAACCAGAUUUCCAAGUCACCCUUCAGGCAUAGGAUUGAAGGGGCAACUCUUCCUCAGUAUUUUCAUCAGCCAACAUUCACCAUCUACAAUGGGCGAAUGGAUCCAGUGGAGCAUGUGAGCCAUUUCAGUCAGAGAAUGGUUGUCCAUUCUAAGGACGAGGCCUUGAUAUGCAAGGUGUUCCCAUCCAGUCUGGGACCCGUGGCGAUGAAAUGGUUCGACGGCCUAAGGGCAGAUUCUAUAGAUUCCUUCAAAGAGCUCACUCAGGCAUUUGGCUCUCGUUUUAUUACAUGUACCAGGGUCCGUCGACCCUUAGACUCCUUAUUGUCUUUGUCCAUACGAGAAGGGGAGACCUUGAAAACAUACUCGGACAAGUAUUGGGAGAUGUACAAUGAGAUAGACGGUAACUUUGAUGACGUCGCCAUCUGUACUUUCAAGAGUGGCCUCCCAACCGAGCAUGGUUUAAGGAAGUCCCUAACAGGAAAACCUGUCACUAGCUUGCGCCAACUCAUGGACCAGAUUGACAAGUAUAAAAGGGUUGAGGAAGACCAGCAACUAAGUAAAGAAAAGGCUAAGGCUAUCCCUCAGGAGAUGAGGGAUUUCAGGUCAGACUGA